AUGCCGAGGGAAGACAGGACCACGUGGAAGUCCAACUAUUUUAUGAAAAUCAUCGUACGUUGAAACAAUUGAUCACUUUUGACUGUAAGAACAAUGAUGCCCGAAAGUGUAUAAACCAGCUUAUGCUUGACCAUGUACAAAGCAGGAUAAGUUACAGUGCAUUUUGUUCAGUACUGCUCUGUCGUUCCCCCUGCACACAUCAACUAGUUUCCUAGCUAUCCCUGUCUGCCUGCAUCCCACGGCUGACAGGGACGCAUGGUCUCAGACACUUUUGUACGGCAUUGUAGCCAACUGAAUAAAGAUUUUGCACAGUCUUCCUUGUUAUCCCAUGGGGGAGGGUUUACAUUUCUUCAAACAGUGAAUUUAGAAGUGGUUGUUAGACUCACUUUUGCUAUUCUCUUUGCAGCAAUUGCUGGAUGACUACCCCAAAUGCUUCAUCGUCGGCGCCGACAAUGUGGGCUCCAAGCAGAUGCAGGCCAUCCGUCUGUCCUUGCGUGGGAAGGCUGUGGUGCUCAUGGGUAAAAACACCAUGAUGCGCAAAGCCAUCCGCGGCCUCCUGGAGAACAACCCCGCCCUGGAGAAGUAAGUUCACAGCAAACACAUUUUGGCCUGAGAGGCUAACCAAGGGUCGUAUUCACAAGGUGAAGUGAUGAGUCACUUUAACUCAACCCACAUGUACAUAUUACCUUGACUAACCGAUACCCCCACACAUUGACUCUGUACCGGUACCCCCUGUAUAUAGCCUCCUUACUGUUCUUUUAUUUUACUGCUGCUCUUUAAUUAUUUGCUUUAUUUUUUUACGUAACUUUUUAUUUUCUUAACUGCUUUGUUGGUUAAGGGCUUAUAAUAAUAAUAUGCCAUUUAGCAGACGCUUUUAUCCAAAGCGACUUACAGUCAUGCGUGCAUACAUUUUUUUUUUUGUGUAUGGGUGGUCCCGGGGAUCGAACCCACUACCUUGGCGUUACAAGCGCCGUGCUCUACCAGCUGAGCUACAGAGGACCACUUUGCUAUUCUCAUUUUGCAGCAAUGUGGAAAGACUUACCAGAAAUCUUCAUCGUGGCGGCAGCCGACAAUGGUGUUGUCUUCCAAAGCAGAUGUGGCCAUUCCGUUCUUUCCUUCUGAAUCUGUGGUGGCUAUUUUAAAGGGUAUAAACAUCAGCGUGGCAAGCCUCCUGCGGCCCCUGGCAGGAAACCCCCCGCCCUGGAGCAAGUGGAAGUUUCACAGACACAUUUUGUCUCUUGGUAUUCCAUGUAUCGUUGGUUAUGAGGUGUAAGUGUGAUCCACGUUCUCAACUCAAGAAACUGUCACCAAGGAGACCUUGAAUCAACAUGUACUGCCCCGGGGACAUUGACUCGUCCGGUGCCUGGUAUAUGAGUCCUGAUCCUUUGGGUCCUUGUUACUACUUUUGACAGGCAUUAUUAGGGGUAUUAUUUGGUUUAUUUUUACACUUUUUAUUUCUUACUGCUUUUGUGUUUAAGCAUCAAAUAUUCCUUUACAGACCUGUUGCUGCAUCCCACGGCUGACAGGGACGCUUGGUCUCAGACACAUUUACAUUUGAGUCGUUUUUCAUACUGACACUUUCCUAUGGAUUUUGCUCAGUCUCAUGGGCUGUCAUUUGGCAUGCAUCCAUGGACUCUGCACUUUUGUUUGAAUGGGAGCCAUAGCUUGAUUGUUCACUAACCUCCAAACCUCUGCCCCUCAGGUGCCAGCUGCUGCCCGUGCCGGCGCUAUUGCCCCCUGUGAUGUGACUGUGCCAGCCCAGAACACUGGGCUGGGUCCUGAGAAGACUUCCUUCUUCCAGGCCCUGGGCAUCACCACCAAGAUCUCCAGAGGAACUAUUGAAAUCCUGGUGAGUGUGGCGACUGCAGUCUUGGUCCUUAGGCAAUAUCUCAGCCAGUCUAUGCUUAUUGGGCUCUACAAUAGAAUAAUGGUAUGGUGGAAUUGCGUUCAGUCAUCAAAAUAAGAGGUUCUUCAGUGAUGUGACGAUGACGAGUCGGAAUGGGACACAAGUCUGUCUCUGGGGUCACUGGGUCAGGGUCACGUUCUGUGUCUCUGGGUUCAGCUCCCCAGAGCAGUGUGUCUUUUCAAUUGAAGACAUCGAGGCAUUUGUCUGAGAAGGGUUUCUUGAUUUGAUCAAAUAUGUUGCUGGCUGAAUAGAUAACCAUGCGCAAGUUGCUAGGCUAUUGUGUGUGUAAUGCACUGAUUCAGGUAGGGUUAGGUUAGUAUGUAAUCAGUUUUUCUCUAGAAAACAAUGAAAGGUGUUUCUGAAAAUUAAACACUAGACUAUCUGAUCCCUUAAUUUCUCCCUACAGAGCGAUGUGAUGCUCAUCAAGCCUGGAGACAAGGUGGGAGCCAGCGAGGCCACGCUGCUCAACAUGUUGAACAUCUCGCCCUUCUCCUUCGGUCUGCUCAUCCAGCAGGUCUAUGACAACGGUAGUGUCUACAGCCCUGAGGUGCUCGACAUUACUGAGGAUGCUCUGCACGCCAGGUUCCUGGAGGUGAGGAAGCACAUACACAAUGCCUUGUAAAGCCACUUUGGGUCCAUGAUCAAAACCCAUUGUAUUAUUAUUGGUGCCCUGGGUACUAAAUGAAACUGACUGAAGUGUAGCUCUGUCCUAUUAAGUCUUAAUUGGUUCCCCUUCCUCCAUAGUCUUCUGUCCAUAUCUAAUGUUCUGAAAAUGACAACUGAACCAUUGGAAGAAGAAUCUGGAAAUUCUUUUUUUUUUUUUUUUUUUUUUUUUUUGGCCUUUGAGGUAGCAGGAUAAGUUACAGUGCAGCUUGUUCAGUGCUACUCUGUCGUUCCCCCUGCACACAUCAACUAGUUUCCUACUAUCCCUGUUAGUCUGCAUCCCACGGCUGACAGGGACGCUUGGUCUCAGACAAAUCUAAAUGUGUUGAAUAGACUUGAGUGAAGUGCUGUAAGUUGCUGUCAUACCUGACCAACUUGUUGUCUUUCAGGGUGUGCGGAACAUAGCCAGUGUGUGUCUGGAGAUCGGAUACCCCACUCUGGCUUCUGUCCCUCACACCAUCAUCAACGGAUACAAGAGGGUCCUGGCUGUCGCCGUGGAGACUGACUACUCCUUCCCCCUGGCAGACAAGGUAUGUUGUCCCACCCACAUUUGGACCACAUAGUAUUGAAAUGUAUGACAGACCAAAUACUGGCACAGUCCACAAACAAAACCUAGCCCCUAGGCAGUUGCGUUAGGUCUAAAAUAAUUGUUUAAGUAAAUGGUUGUAGCUCUACCUUGCCCACCAGGCUAGGAAUGUUCACAUUGCUUAUGCCUAUCAAAUCCUUUGUUCUAACAUGUACAUGGGAUAUAGGGGGCGCUGUUUGUUUUUGAAUAGGCCACAGUUUUGAUUCCCAGCUGCAGGAUAAGUUACAGUGCAGCUUGUUAAAGUGCUGGGCUGUCGUUCACCCUGCACAGAUCUGUCUCCUACUAUCCGUGUCUGCAACCCACGGCUGGCAAGGACCCUUGGUCUCAGACACCAGGUUGCCCAUCAGCAUGUUUUAUCCAUAGAUAUCUACAUUUUAGUUGACAUUGCUUCUCUACCCCCUUUUUCCCAGGUGAAGGCCUACCUGGCUGACCCCACUGCCUUCGCUGUCGCUGCUCCUGUGGCUGCAGCAGAGACUGCCACUGCCCCAGCCGCCGCUAAAGAAGAGGCCAAGGAGGAGUCUGAGGAGGGCUCGGACGACGACAUGGGCUUCGGCCUGUUUGACUAG